GCGACCGGCUACUGAUGCUGUGCGUCUAGUUGCAUCCCUCCCCUAGCCUCCUCCUCCCACUCAGCACGGUUUAUCCAACAAAUGCUAACGGGAAUCCGCAUGCGGAGCGUCAUUGCGCGCUCUGUACUGAAAUACAGUUCUUUCUGUCGCAGAAAAAGUGUCGCCUCACUGUUCCACGGUACUCUGGAAUAAAAGGGCUCGUCGAUUUUGUUUCUUUUCAGCCCGAAUUCAUCCGUUUUGACGCUUCGGUCGACUGAAUUCUAGGAGCGCUUUACUGCGUCUUCACGAAAAAGGAAGUUAUUCUUUAAAUGUUUGGUUCGGUGAGGCUGACACGAAUGCGUCGUGUCUGAGGCAUGGAUCACGGUCCAUUCUGAUCUUGUCGGAGGUCCGUUUCUGAGUCGCAUUAAAGAAGCAGACCAUCGUGACAACAUGCUUAAUACAAUCUGGUUUUGAUGUCGUUCAUGACUCUGCACGGGUGAGUUUGCUUUGGAUUCGAACAAGAAGAAAUCUUGCGCAUUCAGGAUGAUUUGACGGAAAGAGGAUGUUAUAAAAAAGGGUUAGCGUCUGGAAAUUGCUUCGCUCUGCUCAAUACUGUCUCAUUCAAGCCCCCCAAAAUCCCAGGGAGCGGACGCACCGGAGAAGGAAAUCGUCUAUCUGGACUAAAUCUUCAAUCACUCGGGAUUUAAAAUCGCCUGCCUACAUUACGGAAAAUAACCUCGAACAGCGGGAGAGAUGAAAGUUUUUCCGGCAGUGGUCUUAUUGGUCACUAUUUGGUGUCAGGAGUGGAAGCCCUUGCUUGCCGAUUCAAUCAUACAUAUCGGAGCCAUCUUCGAUGAGUCUGCCAAGAAGGACGACGAGGUUUUCCGUCUCGCCGUGGCCGACCUCAACCUCAACAACGAGAUCCUGGAGACGGAGAAGAUCACCGUCUCGGUGGAGUUUGUGGACGGGAGCAAUCCCUUUCAGGCCGUCCAGGAAGCCUGUGAGCUGAUGAACCGGGGCAUCCUGGCCCUGGUCAGCUCCAUCGGCUGCAUGUCGGCAGGCUCGCUGCAGUCGCUGGCCGAUGCCAUGCACAUCCCGCACCUGUUCAUCCAGCGGGCGUCAGCCGGCACGCCACGCUCCAGCUGCCCGCCCACCAGCCGUGCGCCCAACGCCGACGACUACACGCUGUUCGUGCGGCCGCCCGUCUACCUGAACGACGUCAUCCUGCGUGUGGUCACCGAGUACACCUGGCAGAAGUUUAUCAUCUUCUACGACCAGCAGUUUGAUAUCCGCGGGAUCGAGGACUUCCUGGACCAGUCGUCGCAGCAGGGCAUGGACGUGUCUCUGCAGAAGGUGGAGGCCAACAUCAACAUGAUGAUCACCAGCAUGUUCCGCACCAUGCGCAUGGAGGAGCUGCACCGCUACCGGGACACGCUGCGCCGCGCCGUGCUCUUCAUGAGCCCCGCCACCGCCAAGGCCUUCAUCACUGAGGUUGUGGAGACUAAUCUGGUUGCCUUUGACUGCCACUGGAUCAUCAUCAAUGAGGAAAUAUCUGACCUGGAUGUGCAGGAGCUGGUGAUGAAGUCCAUCGGGCGUCUGACCCUGGUGCGCCAGACCUUCCCCAUGCCGCAGAACACAACGCAGCGCUGUGUGCGCAGCAACCACCGCAUCAACACGUCCCUCUGCGACCCAAAAGACCCCAAAGCUCAGACACUGGAGAUCACAAACCGCUACAUCUACGACACAGUGCUGCUGCUGGCCAACACCUUCCACAGGAAGCUGGAGGACCGCAAGUGGCACAGCAUGGCCAGCCUCAGCUGCAUCCGCAAGGGCUCCAAGCCCUGGCAGGGCGGACGCUCCAUGCUUGAGACUGUCAAGAAGAAUGGAGUGAGUGCUCUCACCAACCUGCUGGAGUUCAGUGACAACGGAACCAACCCCAACAUUCACUUUGAGAUCCUGGGCACCAACUACGGGGAGGACCGCGGCCGUGGAGUGACCAGGCUGGCCACUUGGGACCCCGUGCACGGCCUGAACGGUACCCUGACAGACAGGAAGCUGGAGAACAACAUGAGGGGCGUAGUUCUGCGAGUGGUGACUGUCCUGGAGGAGCCAUUCGUGAUGGUGUCGGAGAACGUCUUGGGGAAACCCAAGAAGUACCAAGGAUUCUCCAUCGACGUCCUGGACGCCCUCUCCAACUACCUCGGCUUUAAGUACGAGAUCUACAUCGCUCCAGAUCACAAGUACGGCAUCCAGCAGGCGGACGGCACGUGGAAUGGCCUGAUUGGAGAGCUCGUCUCCAAGCGGGCAGACGUAGGACUCUCGGCCCUGACCAUCACCCCGGAGCGCGAGAGCGUAGUGGACUUCACCACGCGCUACCUAGACUACUCAGUGGGCGUGCUGCUGCGCCGGGCCGAGCGCACGGUGGACAUGUUCGCCUGCCUGGCGCCCUUCGACCUCUCGCUGUGGGCCUGCAUCGCGGGCACCGUGCUCCUGGUGGGCAUCCUGGUGUACCUGCUGAACUGGCUGAACCCGCCCCGCCUGCCCAUGGGCUCCGUCUCGUCCACCACACUCUACAACUCCAUGUGGUUCGUCUACGGCUCCUUCGUCCAGCAGGGUGGAGAAGUGCCUUACACCACCCUGGCCACGCGCAUGAUGAUGGGCAUCUGGUGGCUCUUUGCUCUGAUUGUCAUCUCCUCCUACACCGCCAACCUGGCUGCCUUCCUCACCAUCAGCCGCAUCGAGAACUCCAUUCAGUCUCUGCAGGACCUUUCUAAACAGACGGACUUGCCGUACGGCACCGUUCUGGACUCGGCCGUGUACGACCAGGUGCGCAACAAGGCCAUGAACCCUUUCGAGCGGGACCCCAUGUACUCUCAGAUGUGGCGCAUGAUCAACAGAACAGGAGGCGUUGAGAACAACGUGGAGGAAUCCAAGGAAGGCAUCCGCAAGGUGAAGUACGGGCGCUUUGCAUUUGUGUGGGACGCAGCUGUGCUGGAGUACGUGGCCAUCAACGAUGAGGACUGCUCUUUUUACACAGUGGGAAGCAACACGCCAGAUCGGGGAUACGGCAUCGCCAUGCAGCACGGCAGUCCUUACAGGGACAUUUUCUCUCAAAGGAUUCUGGAGCUGCAGCAGAACGGGGACAUGGACAUUCUGAAGCUGAAGUGGUGGCCGCGGGAUGGGCCGUGCGACAUGCAAGGGGCGAUGGGCGGACAGCAGCGGGGGAGCGCGCUGGACAUCCACAGCUUCGCCGGGGUCUUCUGUGUGCUGGCCGCCGGCGUGGUGCUCUCGUGCCUCAUUGCCAUGGUGGAGACCUGGUGGAGCCGGCGCAAGGGCUCCAGGGUGCCCUCCAAGGAGGACGACAAAGAGAUCGACCUGGAACACCUUCACCACAGGGUUAACAGCUUGUGCACGGAGGACGACAGCCCCCACAAGCAGUUCUCCACCUCCUCUAUCGACCUGACGCCGCUGGACAUGGACUCCAUGCCUGCCGCCCGCCAGGCCCUCGAGCAGAUCAGCGACUUCCGCAACACACACAUCACCACCACCACCUUCAUCCCCGAGCAGAUCCAGACCCUCAGCCGCAGCCUCUCGGCCAAGACCGGCGGCGGCUUCGCCUACGGCUCCGUGCAGGACCACCGGACUGGAACCUUCCGACAGCGCGCCCCCAACGGAGGAUUCUUCCGCAGCCCCAUAAAGACCAUGUCGGCCAUCCCAUACCAGCCCACCCCGCAACCCAACUUCGGCUAUGGCAACGACCCAGACAGGGGCACGUCCAUAUGAGCUCGGCCACGGAGGAGGGGAGAGCAGCAAAACCUUCACAAAAAAAAUCAAGGAAAAAAAAAAGGAAAAAAGAUUAUGUGUACAUACAGAAUCUUUUUAUGUUGUUUCGGUUUCAAAAAUGUUGGCUUUUGUUUUUUGUUUGUUUUUGGCCUUGAACAGUGGUCGGCGUGAAAGAGAGUGUGUCCUGCUGAACUCACCAAACCUAAGAGGAAGGUGUUCGGUGUUGUUGUCGUUUGUUUGUGGUUGUCAGGAAGAUCUCUGCUGUAACAGGGAAUGACUGACUUUUCUUUUUUGUUGUUACUAAGCAUUUCAAGAACGCUUUUUUUGUGAGGAUUAAAAAAUGAGACUAAAGAUUAUGAAAGACUAACGGAAUCACCCAGGAUCAGGACAAUUGUGGUAAACAAAGACAGUGGGAACUUCUUUUUGUUGAUGUUUUUCAAACAACAUGAAAAAAAAAACACUUGAGGCUCCCUUUCAAAGAUCUGUCAUUUCUGUUUCAGUGUGUUUUGACGAGCGCCACGCUCAGUAACUUUCAACUAAUACCUCCAGACCGAGGUGUCGAUUCAACUCUGUGUGGCGUUCCUUUGACCCGGCUGCCCUAUUGACCUCUAGGCAGGGUCCCGUCUUGAAGCUCGUGAGACUCCAUUGAUUACCAAUGUACUGCACCAAUGCUCACAGACUAGAGGAGGCCUGUGAUCCUGGUGUGUUCUCACCUACGCUGUGACGUCUAGCCAAACGCAAGACGCUGUGAUUAAAAAAAAAAUAAUAGUAAAUAAAAUAAAAACGCUUUGAGACAAAGACUCUCAUCUAUAGAAAAAAAACAGACAGAGAAACAAUUCAAGUGACAUCUAACAGAGAAUACAGUUUAAGGCUGUUAUGUGUCUUUUAUUGACUUUGUUUUAAGUAUAACAAAUCUUAAAGCGUGGAAUGUGUUUUUGUUUUUUUUUGGUCAGAGAGAUAAAACUAUGAUGAAAAAAGAUGAAAUUAUAAUAAUUGUUCUGAGCUGUCUAUUUUUUAUUUUCUUCUCCACUUUGGAAAACUGCUUGAGUGCCAUUGUCUUUCUUCAGUUUGCAUCAUAAAGUCACCCUAAGGUUGUUUUCCUGUGUCUUUAUGAUUUUUUUUGUAGUCAUACCAGGGCUCGACAAACAAGCAUUUUGUACAAUUGUUUUGUUUUUUCGUAUUAUUUUGUUGUUUUUUUGUUGUUUAUUUUAAGUGCCACCAGCUAGCUGCUGUGUUCAGAUUGAUGUGUUGAGUUUGCAUCAUGGCGAGACUUUUCCAACGCAUUAGUCAGACUAGGCCUUACAGAGGGAGGGCUUUACCUGUCCAGCAUCAGUCCUCAUCCCAGUUGCAUUGCCACCCGAGAAGAAGGUCUCGGAGGUCACGUGAAAUCUUUUUCUGACUCAUUUCGUACAUUGUUAAGGGAUUAUACUAUUUGUCAAACUUUUUUAAAAGUGCUAAUUUUCUCAACAAGUUCAUCCAGCUGUGGUGAGGAAAAAAAAAUAAACCUUUUUUUUUGCGGAAAUGGCAAAAUCCCACCUUUUCACUAACACUGUAUUAAUAUUUAAUAUUUACUAAUGUUAGUUGUUUAGACAGAGCUUUGAGUUCAUUAUCUUCGGACUAAAUUGCAGAUGUUGUACGUAGAGAACAGCGGCAGUGUUUGAUGCAAGCCUUCUAGAUGUAAUUUUCUCGAGCUAUGGCUAUCGAAUGACAAUAGGAAUCAAAGUUUAUUUAGUAUAAAUUUUACAUUUUUAUUUAGUAUAAAUAAAGAACCAUUUUAAAAAAUGUAUAUUUUACAUGCGGAUGAUUUUUUUAUGGAUAAAAGAGAUGUAUAUCAUAAGAGCCUAGCAUUCAGUUAGCUGUCAUUGCACUCUCAUUUCUCCACAAAUCCCUCUGACCCCUCCUCAUUCUGACCGCAUUUCCAUUUUAUUUGCUUCAUUUAAAAAUAAGGAGGCAAGUUCUUUCCGGAAAAAGAAGCAUGCAGCACUUGCCAUGCCUGUAACAUUUUUAAUUUCAUACAUAGUAUGUACAGGAUUACUUGAUCAUUUUCAACUGAUUAUAAUGUACAGUAUUUAAUAUAGGCCUAUUUUGUUGUAUGUGUUGCAUAUUAUUCAAAACGGAACAAACUGAGGCCUCUGUUACAAGUGGCAAAGCUUUCUGUGUAUAAUUUGUCUAAUAAACAUGUUUUCUACAGUG